GUCUGUGUGUGAGCAGGUGUGAAUAUGACCAUGAACGCCACCUUCCGCGGGUUCAACAACGACCUGUACGUGAACAAGGGCUGUCACAGCACCGGCUGUGAGGGGGUGCAGAUCCUCAAAGACCUCAGAAUCACAAACGAGCUGGGCUGUGCUGUUCUGGGGCCGUUCUGCACCUACGCCACCUUCCAGAUGGUGAACGCCCACUUCUCCCAGACCAUCAACCGCGUGGUCGUCCGCACGGUGAGGGACCUGCACGACAUCCUCCAGGCCAAAAACAGAACCAGCAACUUGAUCAUCUUAUGCGGGACCCCCGAGGAACUGGAGGAGCUGAUUGGGGGGCAGAAGGUGGAUCCGGACACCGUCUUCCUCCUGGUGGACGUCUUCAACCAUGUGUACUUCACCAACGCCACUGCCAAUGCCACCAUGAGGAACGUGCUGGUGCUCACCAUGCCGCCCGCCACCUACAACCACACCUCCAUCGCCGGGCUCCCUGCCACUACGCUCCACAAUGACUUUGUGAUGGGGUACUUUGAAGGCGUGCUGCUGUUCGGCCAGGUGCUGAGGGAUAUCCUGAAGCAGGGCGAGGAGAGGAAGAGGAGAGGAGAGACGAAGCCGGGAGAGUUCACGAACAUGUUCAGGAACAUCUCCUUCGAUGGUGCGGGCGGCCGCAUCGAGCUGGACGAGUUCGGGGACCGAGACGUGAACUUCACGGUGAUGUACAUCUCCACCCUGGACAACCAGUACAAACCCCUGUUCCGCUUCAACACGGCCACAAACGACACCUUCAUCCUCGACAGCAACCCCAGCUUCAUCUGGGCCAAGAGGCUGCCUGAGGACAAGCCGCGCCGAGGAAACUUCACUGAAAACGCAACUGUCAUCGCCCUGGCUGUCAUUGUAGUCCUUGUGGCUGUGAUCGCAAUCAUUGUGGUUAGGCAGUAUCGGAAGGAGAGGUACCUCCAGAAUAAGAAGUGGUCCCACAUCCCGGCGGACCAGAUCAGCCCGCUGGACUCCCGGGAACACAGCCUCAUCUCCCUGAAGAUCGAUGAAGACAAGAGGAAGGACAGCACCGAGUGGCUCCGCCGGGGACGCUACGACAAGAAGGUGGUGAUUCUGAAGGAGCUGAAGCACUCGGAUGGCUGUUUCACGGAGCAGCAGAGGAUCGAGCUGAACAUGCUCUUGCGGAUUGACUACUACAACCUGACCAAGUUCUACGGGACGGUGAAGUUCGAGCAUGGCGUCUUCGGGGUCUUCGAGUUCUGUGACAGAGGAUCACUCAGGUACGUCCUCAACGACAAGAUCUCCUACCCAGAGGGGACCUUCAUGGACUGGGAGUUCAAGAUCUCAGUGAUGUACGACAUCGCCAAGGGCAUGUCCUACCUGCACUCCAACAACAUCGAGGUCCAUGGCCGCCUCAAGUCCACCAACUGCGUGGUGGACAACCGCAUGGUGGUCAAGAUCACCGACUUCGGCUGCAACACCAUCCUGAGCCCUGGCAAAGACCUGUGGACGGCCCCGGAGCACCUGCGCAAGGAGGGCAUCUCGCAGAAGGGCGACGUCUACAGCUUCGCCAUCAUCUCCCAGGAGAUUAUCCUGAGAAAGGCCACCUUCUACACCGAGGCCUGCUCUGACCGGGCAGAGAAGCUGCACAGGGUCCAGUACCCGAUCGCCCUGUCCUGCGUGUUCAGACCUGACCUGAAUUUUGAGACGGCGGGGGAGAAGGAGCUGGAGGUGUACGUGCUGGUGAAGAGCUGCUGGGACGAAGACCCGGAGAAGAGGCCGGACUUCAAGAAGAUCGAGAGCUCCCUGGGCAAGAUCUUCAGCAACCUGCACAACCAGGCCAACGAGAGCUACAUGGACAACCUGAUCCGGCGGCUGCAGAUGUACUCCCGCAACCUGGAGCACCUGGUGGAGGAGCGGACGGCCCUGUACAAGGCCGAGCGGGACCGCGCCGACCGGCUGAACUUCAUGCUGCUGCCCGGGCCGGUGGUGCGCUCUCUGAAGGAGACGGGGCGUGUGGAGCCGGAGCUGUUCGAGGAGGUGACGGUCUACUUCAGCGACAUCGUGGGGUUCACCACGCUGUGCCAGUACAGCACCCCCAUGGAGGUGGUGGACAUGCUGAACGACAUCUACAAGAACUUCGACCGCAUCCUGGACCACCACGAUGUCUACAAGGUGGAGACGAUCGGUGACGCCUACAUGGUGGCGUCCGGGCUGCCGCGGCGCAAUGGCAACCGCCACGCUGUGGACAUCUGCCGCAUGGCGCUGGACAUCCUGGCCUUCAUGGGCACCUUCCAGCUGCGGCACCUGCCAGGACUGCCUGUGUGGAUCCGGAUCGGCGUGCACUCCGGGCCGUGCGCGGCUGGCGUGGUGGGGAUCAAGAUGCCACGGUACUGCCUGUUCGGAGACACGGUGAACACGGCGUCGCGCAUGGAGUCCACAGGGCUGCCGCUGCGCAUCCACGUCAGCCAGCCCACCGUCAGCAUCCUGCAGAGGACCGACUGCAAGUUCGAGUUCGAGAGGCGGGGGGAGACCUACCUCAAGGGCCGAGGCACAGAGGUCACAUACUGGCUGACUGGAGUAAAGGGACAGGCCUACAACCUCCCCACUGCGCCCACUGCUGAGAAUUUCCAGCGCCUGCAGGCAGAAUUCGCGGAGAUGAUCGUGUCCUGUCUGGAGCGGCGCUCCCCGGGGGGGACAGAGAAGAGGAAGACGUUGUCCACCCGGCUGAGGAAGAAGGAGAGCAGCGCCGGGGAGCUCCCGCUUGAGUACCUGCACCUGGUCGUCACAGACAAGUUCAGCACCUACCUGUAGAGCUGCUGGGCUCUCCUGCAGUCCUGCUGAGCAACUUGCUCUCCUGCUCUCCUGCUGAGCAACACUCUCUUCUGCACUCUGAGCAAAAGGUUCUCCUGAACUCCCACUGAGACAGGACCAGCAAUGGACUCUCCUGCACUCCCACUGAGCAACACUCUCCUGCACUCCCGCUGAGACAGGACCAGCAACGGACUCUCCUGCACUCCCACUGAGC